AUCAGGGCUUCAGCAGAUGUAACACAUGGGGAACAAGCUCAAAGUUUGAAUUUCCUGACACAUGCUGCGUGUGUUGCGCUUUCCAGAACAUUUUCCAGCAAGGACGCUCUAAAGCAAGGAUAUUAUUUGUCGAGACUGAGAUCCAGACAGCCGAAAGAUGCACCGGACCUUCCUUUUAAUGUGUCUGCUCACCGUAUCACUGAUGAAUCAAGUGAUUGGUUUGGAAACUCUCACCAGCAAGUAUGGAGACACCAUUGAAAUCCCAUGCAACAAAGGGCAACUCAAGGAAACAGAUGUCACAUUAGUUAAAUGGAAAUAUGAAGGUGGCAACAUACUGGUGAAACAACUGGAUCAGAAUGCCACUAUUUCACCUGAUGUCAAUUACAAGAACAGAGUCAGCAUUAAAAAAGAUUUCAGCCUUGUCAUCACACAAGUGACCAUGACCGACCAGAGAACCUUCACCUGCAUGGUGGUGGAGAAAGAUGACAUUUUAGAGUACCCUGUUCAAGUGACCAUUUACAAGGUUCCAUCACAACCUCAGAUUACAAACUUAACGACUGCAAUGGCAGUUGGCAAACCGACUAUGUUAGCACAGUGUCGUACUGAAGGUGCCAGUCCAGCUGCCAACAUCACGUGGUUCAAGAAUAAAACUCCUCUUAUGACUGAUAGAGCAGCCAUUAAAAUCAACACAAAUGUGGAUGUUGAUAAAGAGACAAGACUAUCCACAACAACUUCAACCCUUGAGUAUACAGCAGUGAAGGAAGACAUUGAUGCCAAGUUCACCUGUCAGGUUCAACACAUCCAGUCUGCUAACAUGGAUUCCUCACCUCUUGUCUUCACUGUGAACUAUCCUACUGAGAAGGUCGAUCUCCAAGUUGUGUCCCAGGGUCCUUUUAAGGAAGGCGACAAUGUGACCCUCAAAUGCACAGCAGACGGAAACCCUCCACCCUCUAGCUACAGCUUCUACAUCAACGGAGAGAAAAAGACUGUGGACUCCAACAUCUACACCUUGACCAAUGUCACCCGAGAGAACACUGGAGAUUACAAAUGUUCACUAGUGGACAACGAGGAUAUUGUGGCUUCUGUACCCAUCACAGUGGAAUAUCUUGAUGUGGUCCUUAGCACCACUGGUAAAAUUGUUAAGAAACUCGGUGAGAGCUUGGAGGUGACUGUAGAUGUUAAAGCUUCAGGAGCGGCACAAACUUCUUGGAAAAAGGGCAAUGCCAAGCUGAAUAGCCUUUCCAAGUUUGACAAGUUGACAUACUCAGACUCAGGCAUGUACGAGUGUGUUGUUUCCAUGGCUGGCCUCAAGAAAACGCGAACAUUUGAAUUAGUCGUUGAAGGUCCUCCAGUCAUUAAGAACCUGAUCAAGGAGCGUGGUGAAGGCAUGGCCAAGGUCCUGAAAUGUGUGGCUGAAGGCUCUCCAAAACCCACAGUACAGUGGAGUGUCAAUGGCACAAGUGCUGAGAGUGCUUAUGAGCAUGGCAAAGUCACAUACAGCAUCACUAUCGUUCCAAAUGGCAAUCUCACUGUGUCCUGCACAGCCUCCAAUGUCUUGGGCUCUGACAUUAAGAGCAUUGAUGUGUCAGCACUUGUUGAGGACGUGACAAUGGACAAACAAGCAGAUCAAAAAGAUGAGUACAGUGACCAGACGCCGCUGGCUGUUGGGAUAGUUGUUGGUCUGAUGCUGGCAGUUGUCGCCAUAGGACUGGCCUACUGGCUGUAUAUGAAGAAGUCCAGGCAAGGAUCCUGGAAAACUGGAGAAAAGGAAGAUGGUUCAGUGGAAGAGAGCAAAAAACUAGAGGAGAGUCAAAACCAAAAAGCUGAUGUGUAAUGUCAAAGGAGCCAUUCAGGGAUUCAUUUGAAUGUAAUCCCUUUUUCCACGAGAAGGAGUGAAAAAUUUGUGAAAUCUGUGAAAAAUAAUCAGAAGCUGUAAUGGAGGACCCGAGUAGCUGUGUCAGUUACAAAUCCACCAUCAUUUUUUAAUGUGUCUGUGCCUCCCCUAUGCUAGGGAUUUAAUUAAUAUUGUAUGUUGUAAAGUAUGUGAAUCUUUUGCAUUCUGAAUAAGCCUGUUCAGAAACCUGUGUCUGUAAAGUGUUCAUUCAUAUUGCUGGGUUUCAUAUUUGAUCCGUCUGGAAAAAGCCCUAUUGUGUUUUGUUUGAUUUUUUGUGUCCCAGCUAUUUAGUUAAUGCAAAUUUCGUUUGCAGUUUGACAUGGUAGAAAAACUGAACUACACAUAGUACCUAAUCUGUGGCAUGAUGUGAAGCAUGAUAUUCACGUUUAUACAGAGCACUUGGCUAGUUUUAAAGUCAGUCAGUGAGCAAAUUUCUAUGACAAUAUUGUACUUAUUGGGAUUUAGAAGACCAUUAUUUAACACAAUUUAGACCUUACACGCAUUUUAAUAAAGACUUUAACCUAUUUGAAGUUAAAAUGUCUAAAGAGGACAAAUGACAUAAUUUGUCAUUUCUAAAGUAAGAAGUUAUUGCAGACCAGUGCUUGUUUAAUGAAAACUAUGCCCUUUGCUUGGAUUACCAUACAGAUUUCAAAAUCAGCUCUCAGUAAUGUAUAUUGACACUCCUUCUUUUCUCAGAUUAUCACCUGUUUUCAUGUGUUCUUUAAUAUUUCAUUGUUUCACUGCAGAAUUGUAUGUAAUCUGGUUUAAGCAUUACUUGUAAAUAUAGUAAACUUCUUUUUAUUGUUUUUUGUUUUAUUUAUAUUGUUGAGUUUUAGCUAAAUGCCAGUAUUUUGACAUUACAUUAGCUAGGUUUAGUCUAAUUUUCCUGAAUAUAUACCUCUGUUGCUGUUGAAUGGUACAGUACAAUUAAUGGUAUUUACUUGCAGAUUUUAAAUUCAAGCUUUCAGCUUUCAGUUUGCAUAGUGGUUGCUGCAUUUCCACACUUCGGUGCAUUGUACCUGCAUUUAAAAAAAAUC